AUGUACGCCAUUGACGAAAUCGGACCCAUUGUAUACGGAGCGGGUGCGUUCAACACGCAGUAUAGAGACCCCGCGAUUCCGGACCCCAGCGAGGUGAUUCGGUAUGCUUUACGAAAAGGGUUUCGCGCCAUUGACACCGCUGCAUUUUACGGCCCAAGCGAGGAUAUUGUGGGCAAAGCUCUUUCGGACAUAGAAGACGAAUUUCCCAGAGACUCGUAUUUUUUGUGUACAAAGGCGGGUCGCUGGGAAACUGAUGAGUUCGAUUACAGCACUGCGGCCAUUCGAAAGUCGGUCACGCGCUCGUUGUCUCGUCUUGGCACAGACUAUGUUGAUCUGCUGUAUAUUCACGAUGUCGAGUUCCAGACGGAAGAACAAGCUAUUGAAGCUUUGACAGAAGCCACUGCCUUGAAAAAAGAAGGCAAAGUGCGCUAUAUUGGUUUUUCCGGUUAUCCCGUCAAGUACCUGGUGGAAAUUGCCGAAUUGGCCAGACAACGCGGGCUGCAGAUCGACGCUGUUUUGAGCUACUGCAAUUUGACUCUUCAAUGUGAUUUGCUUCUCCAAUAUGCAGACAAACUGAAGGCUGCGGGGGUCAAAGUCGUGCUCAAUGCCUCGCCUCUCAGUAUGUCAUUACUGCGGUCCGGCCGCACCCACGAGUUCCACCCUGCAGAUCAAGGACUGCGGGAGGCGGCUGAUAAGCUUGCCAAGAGCUUCGCCUCGCGAGGAGUGGAACUUGCAGACGUGGCCGUGCAGUAUUCUUUUGCCAAUUGGAAUGGUCCGACCGUGAUCGGACUGCGGUCGCAGCAAGAGAUCGACGCGGUGCUGGCGAACUCCAAAACCAAUCCCGAUCCGGCGUUGGUCGACGAAGCGCUCGCGGCCCUGUCCGAGUACCAUAACUACAAUUGGCCAUCGGGGAAGUUUUAA